AUCAGAGUUUUGUGUCCCUGAUACCCGUUUAGUCUUGCUGGAGAGCCGAUGAGUGAACCAGCUGGUGUUGCAAGAGCGACCGCGGGUGUCAUUUUAAAAAGUUCAGCCAGGAUGGAAGGAGUAGAAGACAUGGAGGUGCGGCCUGCCCGAACACACGAAGAGGUGGACGCCUGCCUGACAGAGGCAGAACGGCCCCCCAAGAGGAGGGAACGCCAGGGGAGGUCACCUAGGAGACGCCGGGAUGUAAAGAGGCGGCCAAAUGAUCAAGAACACCUGCUUCCACGGCAGUUGCCGGGGCAACCGGAGGACUCCGAGUCAGCGGCCUCGAUAACAGACACUGCCGAGAGCUCUCCAAAGAGAUGGGACAGGUGCAGGCGAGGACACUUUCUACAUGGACCAUACCCAGAAACUCAUUUUGGACCCAAAGCCUGCAUUCUUCCUAACCCAACCUCAGUCAUGCACAUCCAGGACCCAGCCAGCCAGCGCCUCACCUGGAACAAGCCACCGGUGAAUGUGCUGGUGAUCAGGAAGAUCCGUGAUGAGACCCUGCUCGAGCCCUUUAAAGAGCUCUGCAGGUUUCUGAUCCAGGAGAAGCAGCUGGUGGUCUAUGUGGAGAAGAAGGCAGUGGAGGAAGCAGCCCUCUUGAAGGACGAGGGUUUCACUUCCAUCCGGAACCAGCUGUGCACGUUCAAAGAAGGUUAUGACGACAUCUCGGACUGUGUGGACCUCAUUAUCUGUCUCGGGGGAGACGGCACCCUGCUGUACGCCUCCUCGCUGUUCCAGGCCAGUGUCCCUCCAGUCAUGGCAUUCCACCUUGGCUCCCUGGGCUUCCUGACGCCAUUCAAGUUUGAGUCUUACAAGACAGAGGUGGCCAAAGUUUUUGAAGGAAAUGCAGCUAUAACCUUACGUAGCCGUUUGAAAGUGAAAGUGGUGAAAGACAUGUUCCAGAGGACCGGGAUGCCGCACUACGGAGAGGAGAAUGGCGUCAGUCAGAGCCGCACAGACAACGAGGCGGGAAAGGUCACGCUGCAGCUACAGGUGCUGAAUGAGGUGGUGGUGGACAGAGGCCCCUCUUCCUACCUGUCCAAUGUUGACCUUUACCUGGAUGGCAGACUGAUCACCUCCGUGCAGGGAGAUGGUGUCAUAGUUUCCACUCCCACGGGCAGCACUGCUUACGCUGCAGCUGCCGGAGCCUCCAUGAUCCACCCCAAUGUUCCAGCCAUCAUGGUGACCCCCAUCUGCCCACACUCUCUGUCCUUCCGCCCCAUCGUGGUGCCUGCUGGUGUGGAGCUUAUGAUAACGCUGUCCCCUGAUGCACGGAACACGGCGUGGGUGUCUUUUGACGGGAGGAAGAGACAGGAGAUCCAGCAUGGAGACAGUAUUAAAAUCACCACGUCCUGCUACCCGGUGCCUUCCAUCUGUUGCCACGACCUGGUGUACGACUGGUUUGAGAGCCUGGCCGAGUGUCUCCACUGGAACGUCCGCAAGAAACAGACGCGCAUGAUGGACGCAACAGACUCCUCAGAUGCCGAGAGCUGAACCCUGCCUCCUCCCAGAUCUAUCAGGACGAGUGCUAGAGUGAUAUGAUUCUUUUCAGAUGAGACGGGGGUGGUGAUGUCGCAUGUUACCUAUGAAGUAGCAGCACUCUUUUGUUGAGAAUCACUUAGGGGAGUAAUUUUUUUCUCAAUUUGUAUUGCCCAAUCAAUCAUAAAUGCCCAUCUUGGCUACAGCCAAUGAGGACAGAGUACCAUCUGAAGCGUGUGCUGCCAGCUGCUGCUGCUUCUCAUUGUGGAGUUGACCAGCUGACUUACGGAGCAAGUCAUCGUGCUGGAGGACUGCAAUUUGUGCUCAGUUGGCGAUAUGCUAGAAGUGCUUGAUCAAACAGAGAAGCCAUUAUUGAACCUUGAGGUGGGGGGAACCCUGCUGACUUUAUCGCUCCCUCCCUGAGUAAGGCUGAAGCCUGCUGUGUGCUGCUGUGGUAUGGUCAGUAUUUGACCAUAUGGCCUGGCACUCCACUGAGAACCAGUGAUAAUAUGUUAAUAUCACCCCUGAGACCAGUCUUUUGACAACAUGAAGUCAUUAAGGUGUUUUUAAAGCCUCACUCCUCCUGCACCACCUCACUUGCCGCAUCUCUGCCAUACACAAUAAAGUCAUUCCGAGAAUAUGGACACACACCAAGCUUUCUUUAAAAACCCUGCACGAUCAAGACUUGCCUGCAUGUCCAAAUUUGUAGAAAGGAAGACAUUUAUCUUUUAGAAAGUAACGUGUGUAAUUUCUAAACUUGUGAGGUCUGUUUGCUUGUGAUUGGCAGGCCAUCAGACAGAUGUACUACUGAUUGAUUAAAAUGUUCUUGUUGCAUAGGUAAACAACAUGGCCUCCAAAACACCAAUACCAACUUGUUUUGUAGAGGACAGUACAAGAACUUUAAGGAUAAAAAAUAAAUAAAAAAAUGAAAUCUACUGAUUACAAUAAGUUUAAUUUAAUCAUAUCUAUUUUAUUUGGCUGUACAUGUAUAAUAUAAUAACUUGAUAAUAUAUGUUAACUUUUUUCUUAGGAGGUUGAUUGCAUAGGGCCUUAAACCAAUGAGUUAAGGACCAUGGUUAGACAAAUUGGUGACAUUCACUUGCCCUUGGCACAACACAGUUUUUUCCCCACCUGAAAGUUAGCUACCAAUUAAUAUCAAAGAAACCAGGUGAGGUAAGUUAACUGUGAUCAACAGUUUUUAUUGAUGAGCUGUGCCAAGUCCAAAGAAGAGCAUAUACACCUUUUCUUCAAGGGGAAGACUGAAUACCACUGGGUUAGCAUCCUUCUGGUAGACACUUAUACAUACAACCUCUGAAGAGAAAGCACUUUAAGAAACACUCACGCCAUUUUAACACAGGGAACAGAAACUAGUUUUAGAAUUGGAAUACGUAGAAAAACUUAUUUAGUUGCUGCAUGGUUUCUGCACAAAUGCACAGUAAGACCGUGUUUAGUCACAUGAAAGGAUGUGAUGUGACAUUUUCACUAAAAUUAUGGACAUAUACGUUUGUGUCCUCAGUGUAUGAAGAUGUCGGACAGAUUUGUUUAGAUGUGUAUACAUAAGAGAAUAAUGGAUCAUAAAUGUUCUGAAGUAGUUUAUUAUAUUAGUAAAGAGUUUAUUACCUUGUUUGUGCUUCUAUUGUUUGCUCAUUUGAAUAUGUGCAUCUGCUUAAAAUAAAAUGGCCCAUAUGCUUAUAUCAAUGCAUAUGGAUGGGAAUGCUUUGUAUGUAGGGGCUUAUAUCUGGAGCUUUGAAGGUAAUUUUGGUCAUAUCUUUAGAAAAGUAUAUUUUUAUGGUUCUUCUCUGCACUUGGUUUCAAAAAACCCGGCCAAAACGAUCAUUGUCCUAUGUCAGCAAUUUAUUAUUUAAUGAUUAGUAAUUCAUUAGAUUUGGAUUCCAUUUUGUGUGGCUCCAGUUUGAAAUGCCUGUCUGUGGGGGGUGAUUUUAGGUCCAAAAGAUGGGAGAAAUGCUAAUAUUCAAAAUGUUUUUUUAUUUUUUUAUUCAGAUGGAUGCAAAAUUAUGUUUAUUCUACAACCACGGUGAAAUAAAUGACUGAAAUUGUGUUUGAAAAAAUGUAUGAAAGAAGGUCUGUAAAGUCUAUUUUAAUGGAAAAACAGUAAAAUAAAUAAAAAUAGAAUACAUUAUA